CAGCAUCAUUAGCAAAGCCUACUCCUUUUCCCGAUCAAGACGUGGACUCGCAUAAAUACUCGGAGCUUCUUGGUCCACACGGACAGACUGGAAGAAAGACCGGGACUCCCUGUGGAUUUACACCGCUUUUUACACUCACAUUUAGUGGAAGGACACAAAAGAGACGUUAGAAGUUCAUUGAAAGGCCUUUGUGAAAUCAUGAAUACAAUUGCAAGAUUGUUGCUGCUACUGCUGCCUCUCCACUUUUGCACUUUAGCUGACACGGAACUACUUCACAGGGAGAGAAGAGGAACGCGCAACUAUAGAGACCACUGUGUAGACUCAGCUGCAGUCAGAGAGAUAGGAGAAACUUGGCUACGAUGGAGAGAUCAGAAAGUUGAGUAUUGCCGCUGUGCCUCAAGAGCAAGAGCACGCUGUCACUACAUACCAAUCACUACUUGUUUUGUAUCAAGAUGCUACAGUGGUGGCACAUGUAAGGAGGCAGUGUUCUUCAAUGACUUCAUAUGCCUGUGUCCACCAGGAUUUACUGGAAAACAGUGCGAGAUCAAUUUGAAUGAGAAAUGUGUGAGAGGACAAGGCUCUGAUUAUCGUGGUACUUGGAGCAUCUCCAGCUCUAACACUGAGUGUAUCAACUGGAACUCAACGUUACUCAUAGGAAAAAAAUUCACAGCCAGGAAACCAGAAACAAGAAUCCUCGGACUGGGCAAUCACAACUACUGCAGAAAUCCAGAUGGGGACUCCAGACCAUGGUGCUAUGUUUAUAAAAAGUCUCAGAUUGUGUGGGAAUUCUGUUCUGUGUCAAACUGUACAAAAGACCCUCUACUGGAGUGUGUACAGGGAUCGGGUCAGUCCUAUAGAGGAACUCAGUCAGUCAGUAAAAGCAACUCUAAGUGUCUACCAUGGGACUCACCUGCAAUCUACAACAAAGUUUACACAGCCUGGAGGCCAGAUGCUAGAGAGUUGGGUCUUGGCAGCCACAGCUACUGCAGGAACCCAGACAGUGAUCUUGGUCCUUGGUGUCAUAUUUAUAAAGGCUCCCAGCUGACUUGGGAACUCUGUGAUAUCCCCAAAUGCUCAAGGAAACCAUCUACCAUCACAACCCUUGGACCAAGAGCCCCUAUAACUGCCAUCAGAGGAGCCUCCUGUGGUCAGCGUUCUGAAAGGCCCUCUAGUUCUCUCCCAAUAUACAGAAUACUUGGAGGUCAGGUUAGUGACAUCAGACAGCAGCCAUGGCAAGCAGCCAUCACUGUGUACUCGCCACGAACCAGAUCACACAACUUUCUUUGUGGGGGAGUCCUGAUCGACUCCUGCUGGGUCCUCUCUGCAGCGCACUGCUUCCAGGAGGGAUUUACAGAAAAUCGCCUGCAUGUGAUCCUUGGCCGAACCUUCAGGCUCCAAAACUCUAGCAGUGAGCAGAUAUUUGAUGUGGAGAGGUAUUGGAUCCAUGAACAAUACAACGACGCCAAUUAUGAUAAUGACAUAGCUCUGUUAAAGCUGAAGAGUUCAGUUGGCAUCUGUGCUGUACAUUCUCCAGAGGUGCUGCCUAUCUGUUUACCAGAACCUGGAAUGGUUCUCCCAGAUUGGAUGGAGUGUGAGAUUUCUGGUUAUGGCAAAGACGAAGAAUUUUCUCCAUUCUAUUCUGAGCGAGUAAAACAGGGUCAUGUGCGCCUUUGGCCCCAGGAGCAGUGUGUGCCAGAGAAGAUCUCUGGGCGUGAAAUCACACAGAAUAUGCUGUGUGCUGGAGACACACGUGGCCUGGACGACGCCUGCAAGGGUGACUCAGGUGGUCCUCUGGUUUGUGAAAAGGACAGCCGGAUGACCCUCAUAGGUUUGAUCAGCUGGGGGGAUGGAUGUGGAAAGAAAGACAUGCCAGGUGUUUACACACGCGUUACAAAGUACACAACCUGGAUUUCCAGCAAGAUGAGAUCAAACUAAUGUGAACCCUAACGAAGCCCAAGAUCCAGUGGCUAAAAGUGGACUAAUUUGAAAUUGUCUUAGUUACACUGACAUUAGUACUGCUGCACAGACAUGUUUCAUGUAAAAGCAGGUUCUAAGUGGAUUCUCAAAGAGGAGUUGAUGAAAUGGUUACAAGGGAGAAGGAGGAAAGUCAUCAAUGAUGAUAAUCCUAGCAAAAUGUAGACUCUACUCCAGUUAUUUUCCUCAUUUAUUUCCACAAGACAACCUCAAUACACUCAAAUGGUGAUAUUGGUGGAAUAUGAACACAAAUGUACACAUGUAAUAUGUACAUAUGUGUAUAGUAUUAUGCUGUCAAAAGUCCAGCCAAUAAAAAUCUACAUUUGAAAAAUGGAAAUGAUUAAAAUGUUAAAACUAUAUUCAAGUAUCACAAUAAAUAUAUUUACAGCCUAAUGUGAGUGUAACUUUAGUGCCUAACUGCCAAUGUCUUUAUCCUGUGAAGACACAACCUCUGUCCAUUGUGCAGACUGUAAAACAGAGGCUGUUAUUGUGUCAUAUUUACUUAAUAUUAGGUAAAUAUGAUAACAUUGUUGGGUGAAGAGCACAGGAUAUAGCACAGAACACACAUAUUGUACAUUGAUCUUUAAAUAUUUCAAAUAUAUUUUCCCAUAUAACUAUCCUUUUAUUUGACUUUAUAUUGUAAAAGAAAAUUUAAAUUUGUACACAGUUAUCGUAUAGGCUGCCUAGUAGCUUUCUAGUACAUACAUCCCCUUCCAGACGUAUUUGAACGGCAAGGCCAAUUCUUUUGUUUUUGCUAUACGCUGAAAACAUUUGAGUUUGAGAUUAAAAGAUGAAUGUGAGAUGAUAGAUCAGAAUUUCAGCUUUUAUUUCCUGAUUUUUACAUCUAGAUGUGUUAAAUUUAGAAAAUGGCAUCUUUGGUGGCAGACCACCCAAUUUUCAUGUGUGCAGAUAUUCUUAAAGUAAAUUAAAGUAAAUAACAAUUAACAUUUUGUUGCAUAUCCCUUGCUUGGUAUAAUUGCCUCAAGCCAGGCAACACACUGAUAAUACCAAACUGUUACAUUCUUCUAUGGUGAUGCUUUUCCAGGCUUGUACCAGAGCUUCUUUAAGUUGUUUUUGUUUUGGGGCAUUUCUUCUUUCAGUCUCCUUUUCAAGAAUUGAAAUGCAUGCUCAGUUGGGUUAAGUUCUGGUGAUUGACUUGGCCAGUCUAAAUCUUUCCACUUUUUUCCCUGAUGAAGUCCUUUGUUUUGUUGGCGGUGUGUUUUGGCUUAUUGUCUUGCUGCAUGAUGAAGUUCCUCCCAAUUAUAUUGCAUGCAUUUCUCUGAAAAUUGGCAGGCAGUGUUUCUGUAGACUUAUCAAUUCAUUCUGCUGCUACAUCUUACAUAAAAAUAAAGGUUAGUGAGCCCGUUCCAGAAGCAGCAAUGUAAGCCCAAGCCAUGACACUACCUCGAUCAUGCUUGUCCAAGCUUAUAUGUUUUGGAUCAUGAGCAGAUCCUUUCUUUCUCCAUACUUCGGCCUUGCCAUCACUUUGGUAGGGGUUAAUCUUGGUUCCAGAACUUUUGUGGCUCAUCUAUGUAUUUCUUUGCUGAAUCCUAUCUGGCCUUCCGAUUCUUACUGGUAAUGACUAGUUUGCAUUUUGAGGUAUGGCCUCUAUAUUCCAAACUGUGGAUUGGGAUAUCUUCACCCCUGCCCUGUGGAGGUUGUUGGUGAUGCCACUGACUCUUGUAUUUGGGGUUUUCAUCACAGCUCUCACAGUGUUUGUCAUCAAUGGCUGUUGUUUUUCUUGGCCAACCCGUUUGAUAUCUGGAUGUUAGUACACCAGUGGUUUCUUUCUUUUUCAGGACAAUCCAAAUUGUUGUAUUAUCUAUGCCCAAUGCUUAUGUAAUGGCUCUAAUCCAUUUUCCAAUCUCUUUUCUCAACUUCAAAAUGACUUGGUUUUCCCCCAUAUACAGCUCUCUGGUUUUGAUGUUGGUUGAUCCUUUUUAACAACAGAUGCAGUCUAGACAGAUGAAACCCAGGGCUCGAACCAAGAGUAGACAUUCAGAGCUAUUAAUUGUUUAAACAGUCAAUCUAACAGAGCACAUCUGGGCAACAAAAAAAACUGUCAGUCACAUGUUUAUGAUCACACAGUCCAAUAUUUGUGAUCACAUGAAAAAUGGGUGGGUUCAAAAGGUGCCAUGUUAGAAGUUGUUUAACACAUCUAGAUGUAAAUUUCAGGAGUGAAAGCUGAAAUUCUGAUCUACCUUCUCAUAUUCAUCUUUCGAUCUCAAACCCAAAUGUCUUCAGUGUAUAGCAAAAACAAUAGAAUUAGCCUUGUCAUUACAAUACUUGGAGGGGACUGUAUAAAAUUUACUUAUACAAUAUUAUUUAAACUGAUCUUUUUUUGGAUUUCCUUGCAAUUAAUUUUAUUUUCCCUUUUUUAAGUGCUAAGUAUCUGCUGGCUCAGAGAAAUGCAACAGAAACAAGGGUUUUUGUCAAGUGGGCUGAUCCUAGAUAUUUUAGGUCAGGUCAUGCAUGUUUAUUGUUACUUUGUCCAAUCAGAUUUUAGUCCACAUCAUUUGAAUAUGGUGUUAGUCUUUAUAUUUCAACAAAGUUAUUUUAUAAAUAUUGAAUAUUGUAUUAAGUUCAUAUUUAAUUAUUUAUCACCAGUAACUUCUGUUUUGUAUUCUUUAACAGUAAAUAUAUUUUAUGUAAUUCCACAUUUCUUGUGCAUUAGCUUUGCUAGAUUUUACCUUUUAAGUAAACUUAUUUUAUUUUAAAUCUGUCUGACUUCUUAAAGUUCAUUAUACAUUCGUUGCAAUUUUGUGAAUGUUCAUUAUUUUACCAAGUUCAUUAUGGAGCUUGUUACCACAACACCGGCUUGCCCCCAGCAAGCAUCUUUCUGCACCUUCAAAAAGGCAUCUUUCUUGACCUUUUCAAAACUGAUUACACAAGAGCCUUCUUUUUAGACUGAGCUUAGUAUGCAUUAAUUGAUCCCUGUUCCUGGAUCAUUUCAUGAGAUGUUCCAUCCUGUUUGUAAUAAAAAAAAAGUCAGUAAAAACAAAUAAAGCCAAAUAUAAACAAACAAUUAUAUAAACUACAGUGGAUAUAAAAAGUCUACACACCCCUGUUAAAAUGGCAGGUAUUUGUCAUGGAAAAAAUGAAACCAAGAUAAAUCACGUCAGAACUUUUUCCACCCUCAGUGUAUAAUUACAAUAUAUAGAAAUUAAGUGAAAACAAUCAGAAAAAUUUUAGGAAGAAAUAUAGGUAAAAUAAAGUUACAAUAACUUGGUCGCAUAAGUGGGCACACCCUUUUAUAUUUGGGGAUGUGGCUGUGUUCAGAAUGAACCAAUCACAUUCAAUCUCAUGUUCAAAAGUAAUUUUAUGGCUGUCAGUGAAAUUAUUCUGAUUAACCCCAUUUAAGAUCAGCUGUUUCUGUAGUUUCUGUAGUUUAGUUGAAAUCUGGGUUUCAUCCGACUGCUGAAGCCUGCUGGUCUGCAAUGAGCUUACAAAGCAUGCAUGGUAUCUCACUUGUUGAAAGAUAUUGAUCAGGAGAGAGGUAUAAAAGAAUUUCCAAAACAUUAGAUGUACCAUGGAACACGGGGAAGGCCAUCAUCAACAAGUAGAGAAAAUGGAGCACCACAGUGACAUCACCAAGAACAGAAAGCCCCUCCAAAAUUUAUAAAAGGACAAGACAAAAACUUACCAGGGAGGCUGUCAAGAGACCUACGGCACCAUUAAAGGAGCUGCAGGAAUAUCUGACAAGUACUGAUUAUUUCCUGCACAUGACAACAAUCUCUCAUAUUCUUCACAUGUCUGGGCUAUGGGGUAGGGUGGCUAGACGGAAGCCCUUUCUCACAAAAAAAAUCCAAGCCCAAAUAAAUCAACCCAAACCAUCUGCUAAAAUGUGUUAUGGUCUGAUGAGACCAAUUCCAAAAGCUAUAAUAUUUCCAUAAGUCCAAAAGGUAUGUUUGGGGCAAAAAAAAAAAAGCACAUCACCUAAAGAACACCAUACCCAUGGUGAAGCAUGGUGGUGGCAGCAUCAUGCUUUAGGGCUGCUUUUCUUCAGCCAGAACUGGAGCUUUUAUCAAGGUGGAGGGAACCAUGAAUAGCUACAAAUAACAGUCGAUUUUAGUGCAAAACAUUCAGGUGUCUGCUAGUAAGAUGAAGAUGAAAAGGAAUUUCACCUUUCAGCACAACAAUGACCCAAAGCAUACAUUCAUAUCAACAAAGGAAUAACUUAACCAAAAGUAGAUCAAUGUUUUUGAAUGAUCUAGACAGAGCUCAGACCUGAAUUCAAACUAAAUCUGUGGAGUGAUCCUUAGGCAUGAUAUCUCAAAAACAAGUUGUUUCUGAAAAAUGAAAAGGUGCCAUGUUCUAAGUUAACACAUCUAUAUGUAAAUAUCAGGAAAGGAAAGCUGAAAUUCUGAUCUAUUGUCAUCUACAUAUUCAUCUUUUGAUCUCAAACUCAAAUGUCUUUAGUGUAUAGCAAAAAAAAAAAAAAAGAUUUGGCCUUGCUGUUCCAGUACUUUCAGAGGGAACUGUAAAUCCAUUCGAAAAUCUGUGGGGUGACCUGUAGAGGUCUGUGCAUAGGAGAUGCCAAUUUCACAGAGUAAGAUUUCUUUUGCAAGGAAGAAUGUCCUGCCAUUUUAACAGGGGUGUGUAGACUUUUUAUAUCUACUGUAUAUACAGGCAGAGAUUUUGAGGUCAUCUGCAAAGUUUGGGGCCUGGUUAUGUAUAAGUGGCAGAGCUAAGUUCAGAACUUUCUCAAGAACCACACAUCUGAUCAAGGUGAAGCUUGGUAUGGUACAAUAAUCAUGACUUUUUGCAUGGAUUUGCACAAAACUUGAAACCUACCUGUAUAUAUAUAUGGAAUAUAUAUGGAAUUGGUCUCAUCAGACCAUAACACAUUUUAGCAGAUGGUUUGGGUUGAUUUAUUUGGGCUUGGAUUUUUUUUGUGAGAAAGGGCUUCCGUCUAGCCACCCUACCCCAUAGCCCAGACAUGUCCUAUAUAUAUAUAGGACAAGAUUCUGAGGUCAUUUCUAGUUUGGGGCUAAGGACAGAUAAGUGUUUCUCAAGAACUAUACGUCCGAUCAAGCUGAAACAUGGUCUACUACAUCUGUAUGCUAAUCUGCAAGUGGAUCUUUGAUGAUGACCCAAAAAAGCAUGUCCACCAGCAGUUACUCAGAUUUCAGCAGGCAUUUGACAGGAUAAACAGUAAGCCAUUUUCUUCAAAAAAAAUUUUUUUUUUUUUUAAGGAUUUUUAAGGGGCGAAGCAUGUAGUCCUUGGAACCCUUUUGCAUUUGUUAGGAUUUUUCUUCUACUUCUUUUUCUUCUUCUUCUUUGCUAAAACUGAUCAUACAGGUCCUACAGACAUGAAACGUUGUCAAUACAUAGUGAAUAAAUAAAUAAAUAAAUAAAUAGAAACGUCUUUUUUCCUGUGCUUUCUCUCCAUGCUCCCUAAAAAUUUCCUCCGCCCACUCAUAAUUUGCUUAAUAUGCAAAACAUACUUUUGAGAACUUGUCUGAGGAUUUUUGUCCUAGCUUCACAAUUUUGGUGUCAAACUACUCA